GGGGGGUACGAGGCGGCGGCGGAGCAGCUGUCCCGGCAGCAGGAGCGGCACUACCGGCUGCUGUCGGAGCUGCAGGCGCUGGUGAAGGCGCUGCCCAGCCCCUGCCAGCAGCGCCUCUCCUACACGACGCUGAGCGACCUGGCGCUGGCGCUGCUGGACGGGACGGUCUUCGAGAUCGUGCAGGGCCUGCUGGAGAUCCAGCACCUCACCGAGAAGAACCUCUACAGCCAGCGCCUGCAGCUGCACAGCGAGCACCGCGGGCUGAAGCAGGAGCUCUUCCACCGGCACAAGGAGGCCCAGCAGUGCUGCAGGCCCCACAACCUGCCGCUCCUCCGCGCCGCCCAGCAGCGGGAGAUGGAGGCUGUGGAGCAACGAAUUCGAGAGGAACAGCGAAUGAUGGAUGAGAAGAUAGUCUUGGAACUGGACCAAAAAGUGAUAGACCAACAGAGCACCCUGGAGAAGGCUGGGGUGUCUGGCUUCUACAUCACCACCAACCCACAGGAGCUGACUUUACAGAUGAAUUUACUGGAACUGAUUCGGAAGUUACAACAGAAGGAAUCCGAGUCCGAGAAGGCUUUUUCCUGAAUGAGCAAAUCUGCUGUUUACCUUCCAGAGUUUUCUUCUGACUUCUCUCUAAAGAACAGACUGUUAAUGCAUUUGCUUUAUAUUGUGUCAGGAAGAGGCUACUGGCUGUAGAAGAAAUAGCUGAGGCCCUUAGAUAACCUUAGAGCUGGGGCAAGCAGACCCCCCAGAGCAGGGGGGCGGUUGGGGAGCAUCAGGCUGCCUCUGCGGUCCUCAGAGCAAGAUGCCAGCUGCACGUCUCGCUAACACGAGAGACGACGGAGGGCGUUCAUCUGCCACGUACGGCCUGCAGUGUCGGUGAGACCUUUGCUAAGCCAAGGGAGACUGGGCCAGGCACCGAGGCAGCAAACCCAGCCCAGCCGUAUACGGAUGACCCCUGCGUUCAGGUGAAUCAAGCCGAACAGAUGAGCGAUGUGAUCUCCAAAUUACAAUCUCCUCUUCCGAUUCGAGGAGGAGCAAGUGUCUCUGGUGGGGAAUGGGAGAGGUGAGUAGCUGCCAUAUCAGAUGGGGAAGCAAAGUGGACUCGGCAUCUGGUGCCGCCUCGCCGUGGCAGGUGGUUGGCAGCUGGGGAAAAAAAGUCCAAGGUUUAUCUACAAGAAGAUGCUUCUGUAUGUGUUGAGGCAGAAACAGCCUCUUAAACAGGCAGACCUUUCCCAGAGAGAGACCUCUAGGCAGGUAUCAGCAUCGGCUUUAUUAAAGGAGGAUUUCAGGCUUCUGCCCAGCGUUAUUGGGCUGUAACGUUCGCAGUGUUCCCACCUGACGUGGAUAGCAGAGAAGGCUUGAGAGCUUUUGCUUUGUUACUUUAAACCAGUUUCCAAAUGGAGAGAAAUAAAAUAUUCUGUCCUGCC